GAUCAGGAAACAGUUGUUCUCUCGCAGACAGUUGAAGAAUUUUGGAGCAAACUUACACAUGUAAACAAGCACACUGGAUAAAGCAUCUGAAAAAAUAAUCCAUCUGGUGCCAGAGUGAAUCAGGAAGGCAGGGAAACAAGAAGCAUCAUCAUGGCCUGCAUUUUUGGAGACGUCACAAAGAUCGAUACGACUGGGGCAUCUGAAAAAACAGCUAAGCAGGACAAACUCACUAUAAAAGGGCCGGACGCCUCGUAUAAACUGGCUGAGCAUGAUCUGAGGAAGAUGGAGCAGUACAAGAACAUCAUCACCAAAGUUGGCAGAGCUAAGCAGAUGGACCCAGCUGUGAUCGCAGGCAUCAUAUCCAGAGAGUCAAGGGCUGGAGCAAUUCUUGUGAAUGGCUGGGGAGACCAUGGCAAUGGCUUUGGACUCAUGCAGGUUGACAAGCGCCAUCACACUCCUAAGGGAGCCUGGAACAGCGAGGAGCAUGUCACUCAAGGCACCGAAAUUCUAAUACAAUCCAUUAAAGAUAUUCAAAAGAAAUUCCCCAGCUGGCCCAAGGAGCACCAAUUUAAAGGAGGAAUCUCAGCCUACAAUGCAGGCCCAGGAAACGUCCGCUCGUAUGACCGCAUGGACAUUGGCACCCCAGGAGAUGAUUAUGCCAAUGAUGUGGUGGCCCGGGCUCAGUGGUUUAAACGCAAUGGCUAUUAAGCAAUAUUUGUUUUUCACCUUUACCACUGCAUAACUGCUAUGUUCUUUGCACAUGUAUUUUUCAAGAUAUAGAUUACAGUGCCUAGAAGCCUAUACUUAAGAAUCUUAUAAAGUGACAGACCUGUUUGCAACUUUUGUAGCAACUCUCCUUGCAAUGCUCAAAUAAACGCUUGUGCUAUGUGAA